UAGAUGUGGCCAUCAGUCUCGCAGUCACUAUCUCUCUCCCCCCUUCCAACACAGCCCCCAACCCACCAGUCCAUAUUCGCCCCCAUAACUUCAAAGCAUACUGCAGACCCUCGAUUUGGACACCAUGGAUUCGCACGAUAAUGGCGGCUCGCCCCCCUCUCGUAAGCGGAAAGGUUCAGAUUCAACCGUACCUAUCCGCCUAGCAAAGCGCCCUCGAAGCAAUUCUGAACUCCAGUCCGCACUACCUACACGACAAGCCUCCGCUACUCUAGACGGACUUCCCCUAGAGCUAAGAAUGAUGAUCGUCGAACACCUGGAGGAAGCUCCUGCUCCAGCAAAAGGGAAUGGACAAGGUGGCUCUCCACGAUCUCGGCAGUAUGCCUGGAUGAAACUCUCCAUGUCCUCUCGGCGCGAUAUCCUGAACAUACGUCAACUAUCGCGCGGUUUGUGGGACGCCAGCUGGAAGUCUUUCGGCAAGCUGCUGGGUGAUCUCCAAUUCCGCGUCAUCCCAGACGAUAUUGAAGACUUAGCCCGCAUUUCUUCUAUCCCUCAGCUUACCCCUUAUAUCACCCAUCUCUCCUUUGGGACGAGCGGCUUCGAGAACUGGCAACACGCUCGCGUGAUGGACGAGAAGCGCGGCGGCAGUCAAAGCAUCCUCAGCUUCCUCAAGACGAUAGCAUCGCUCAUUCCAGCCUCCAUCGUAGAGUGCAUACCCGCUUUCCGCCUGCUCAUCAAGAAGUACGAAGUAGCGUGCCAUGGACAGUUCUACUUCAUGAACUCCGAGUACGGCUCCAACACGUUCGCCGCAGCGCUCAAGGCCCUCCCUCGCCUUCGCUCCAUCAGAAUCGACUCCGCAGACUGGAUCGGCGAGGACAAGACCCACCUCCGCGGCUGGCUGGACCAGGAAGCUGACCGCGCCCUCUUCGACAAGAUCUGGGAGCUCAUCCUCCCGCGCCUCCCCAAGCGUUCGAAAGCGAAAGAAAAGGCUUCAAAGCUCGAGCCGACGACUUACAGCAUCUAUGCAUCCCACCGCGGCGAGGCUACCGCCGCCACGAUGCGAAUCACGCGCGCAAUCGAAGCCUCCGGGACGAAACUGGAAGAACUGACGCAGGUCUGGGGCGAGCCCGAAAUGAUAGACGCUCCCCCACUCCGCGCUAUCCCCUUGCUCUGCCGCUUCCAGGACCCCGCAAACUCGCUCUUCCACCUCCACACCCUUCGCAUACAAGUUGAUUUCUCUACCACACCCCAGUGCAACGACUUCGAUGCCCUCACCUCACUCUUACUCAAGUCGUCUGCCCUCAAGCACCUCAACCUCACCUUCCGCGGCCCCGACUCACGCAUGCGGCGACUACACCCCGAGCUCGCCCGCGACGUCGUGCCGCUCGCCGAAGCGCUCCUCGCGACGCCGUCGGAGCUCGAGAGUUUGAGCGUUAUGCUGGAGGGCAAGGCGACGGAGCAGUAUCUGCUGGACCUCCUGACGACGCACAAGGGGAGCUUGAAGGCUGUCGUGCUGGAGCAGAUUGUGCUGGUGGAGGGGAGCUGGGUUUCGCUGCUUGAGCGGCUUGAUGAGGAGUGCGAGAAGUUGGAGUAUGUGAAGCUGCAGGGAGUAGAUCGGAUGGGGGAGGAUGGUGAGGUGGUAGGUUGGAGGAGGCUUGGGAGUGAGCUGGAGGCGUUGGCGUCGCAGGGGACGAGGUUCCGGGUUGAGUGGUUGAAGUUCUAGAUAAUGAGGCAAGGGCUACUUUGCAGGUAGAGUAUGCCACUAAGCCGUGGACCUGGGCACUCGGGCUCCACUUUUGUUGGCUUGAUACCACUGGAAGGCGUGGCUCAGCUGAGAAGUAGCUGGUUUGUCCAAGGGAUGCCCAAUUUCCAUCGCAUGUGGAAUAGGACAAUAGGAAAGAGUGUGGUUCUAAAAACUGCUCGUAAGCGUUGGGAAGAGUGAAUCUGGGAUCGAACAUGCAGGUGUGAGAUAC